AAGCAAAGGCUAUUUUCUUUUUCUUUUUUCUUUUUUUUUUUUAAACAGCGAGCGGCCUUUGCGGUGGCGGUUUGGGGUGGGCGCUGCUGAGGUGAGAGUCUCGCCUCCCGCGUGUGGGUAGGUGAGUGUGGCCUGGGCCCCCUACAGGCAACUAAACCUGGGCUCCAGUUUCUUCGCUGAGGAGAUGGGAUGCUGCGGCUGAGACCAGUUGUUUCAUUAUGGAUGGAGGGGAUGAUGGUAACCUUGUUAUCAAAAAGAAGUUUGUGUCUGAGGCAGAACUAGAUGAACGGCGCAAAAGGAGGCAAGAAGAAUGGGAAAAAGUUCGAAAACCUGAGGAUCCCGAAGAAUGUCCGGAGGAGGUUUAUGACCCUCGGUCUCUGUACGAAAGGCUACAGGAACAGAAAGACAGGAAGCAGCAGGAGUAUGAGGAGCAGUUCAAAUUCAAAAACAUGGUAAGAGGCUUAGACGAAGAUGAGACCAACUUCCUCGAUGAGGUUUCUCGGCAGCAGGAGCUAAUAGAAAAGCAACGAAGAGAAGAAGAACUAAAAGAACUGAAGGAAUACAGAAGCAAUCUCAGCAAGGUUGGAAUUUCUUCAGAAAAUAAGAAAGAAGUGGAAAAGAAACUGGCUGCGAAACCCAUAGAAACCAAGAGCAAGUUCUCCCAGGCAAAGCUGUUGGCAGGAGCUGUGAAACAUAAGAGCUCAGAGAGUGGCAAUAGUGUGAAAAGAUUGAAAUCAGAUCCUGACCCAGAUGACAAGAAUCAAGAGGCCCCACCUUGUGUGUCUCUUGGAAGCACUUCCCUGAGUGGCCCCUCCAUUCACUGUCCCUCCGCUGCUGUCUGUAUUGGCAUCCUCCCAGGCUUGGGUGCCUACUCUGGGAGCAGCGACUCGGAGUCCAGCUCAGACAGCGAAGGCACCAUCAACGCCACAGGGAAGAUCGUCUCCUCCAUCUUCAGAACCAACACCUUCCUCGAGGCCCCCUAGCUCCUCUGUCCUGGCCACAGGGGACUCCUCCCCAAGAGUAGAUUGGACAGUUUAUUCUGCCUACAGGCAUUACCUCCCUUAAAAAAACUCCUUUGCCUGCUUCCCGUUCAUACCAUGACAUCUCUAACCUAAUCUAAAAAUGUGCCGGAAUUCA